AUGGGGGACAUGCCAAAGUGUGUACUAAUAACGGGUGGUGCAGGUUUCAUUGGGAGCUAUUUGGUCGACCGCUGCAUAGCAGAUAAGUACGACGUCACUGUCCUAGACAAUCUCUGCAGCGGCCGAGAUGCCAACUUCAAGCAUCACCUUCAGAACCCAUACUUCCACUUUGUGAACCAUGAUGUAAAGAACCCCUUGCCCAAUGACAUCACGCUACGACCUCCUGGAAAGCGUUUCUCGCUUAUUUUCCACCUCGCAUCCCCCGCCUCCCCGGCUCACUACCAGAAUGAUCCCAUUAACACCACUCUCACCUGUGUCAAUGGAACUUACCAUGUUCUGCAGCUUGCCGUCCAGAUGGACUGCCCAAUAUUGAUUGCUUCCACAUCGGAGGUGUACGGUGAUCCGGAGGUGCACCCACAACCAGAGGAAUAUUGGGGCCAUGUGAGCUGUACCGGUCCCCGUAGUUGUUAUGAUGAAGGUAAGCGCUGUGCAGAGUCCCUGUGCUUCGAUUUUCAUCGCCGCCAUGGUGCCAAGAUUCGCGUUGCGCGUAUAUUCAACACUUACGGACCACGUAUGUGUUUUCAGGAUGGCCGAAUUGUAUCAAAUUUUAUACUUCAAGCGCUUUGUGGUGAUGACAUCACUAUUUAUGGUACUGGCACGUAUACUCGUUCUUUCCAGUACAUUGACGACUUGAUUGAGGGCUUCUGUCGACUUGUGAAUCACCCUACUGAGAUUGGCCCUGUGAACUUGGGGAAUACCGAGGAGUACACGGUAAAAGAGAUAGGUGAAAAGAUCAUUGCGCUUGUACCGGGUACCAGGUCGAAGCUUACUUAUCUUCCAGCUGCUGUUGAUGACCCCAAGCAGCGUCGGCCUGAUAACAGCAAAGCUAAGAGGGUACUGGGAUGGGAACCAAAGGUGAAGCUUGACGAGGGGUUGCGUCGAACUCUGGAGGAAUUUAAGUCUCGUCUCUAG